ACACAGCAGCAGCAGCAGCGGUUCCUUGUGUGUGAGUAUUGAGCCGGAUGACUUGGGAAGCUUCCGAGAACUUUAACGAUGCUAGAUGCUCUGUUCUAAACGCGCAACACCAUCAUCAAUAUCAUCAGCAGCAGAUUAGGUGUAUAAAACGAAUCGAACCCGAGGAUCGCUAUUCCAGUCGUUCAGAAGUCCGGUCACCAAGCGGUUUGUGAGUUUUCAGAGGUGGAGAGUCCUCGCGAGUGUGUUGUGCUGCCACCCCAGUUAGUUGAACCGAGUAAAAGUGUGAAACUUUAAACCAGAAACACGUUAAGAGUGCCGGUGACCUAGUGAAUCGAUAAUUGGACGUGUUCCAGCAAAGAAGCAUUACCUUCGAGCGUGAUUUGUGCAAGUUUACUCCAUCAAAACCGAGAUGAAGUCAAUGGUUGUUGUAGUGCUGGCACUGAGCUGCCUCUAUAUGUACGCUGAUGCUACCGAUGUUAAGGCUUGCCCUUCCACCAGAAGUUUGGUCCCGAACGAUCAAAACAACGUCGAGAUUAGCAACUGCACCAAGGGACCUUGCAAGCUGAAGCGCAAAACGAAGGUUUCCAUCAACCAGAAAUUUACUCCCGCCGAGGACAUCAAAACCCUCACGACGACCGUGUACGCCCAGGUGCUCUCGCUUCCACUACCCUUCGUCGGUGUCGACGGAACGAACGCGUGCGACCACAUCUUCGCCGAGGAUGGCGAAACUAAGUUGGGCUGUCCGUUGAAAGCCGGUGUACCCGUGGUGUACAAGCGGGAGUUCCCCGUGCUGGAAAUCUAUCCCAAAAUGAGUCUGGUCGUGCACUGGGAGCUGCAGGGCCGAGGGUCUCAGUCGAUUACCUGCUUCGAGGUGCCAGCCAAGAUCGUUUAGGGAUCCCCCUGUGCAUACUACCGCGAAUAGCUGAGGAUGUUUUGCUAGUGAGAGGAGUGAUCAAGACUAGGCGUUAAGAGGAAGAAUGUAAUUUUUUAUACAUUUUUAUACUACGGAGAGGGGUAGAUUUUUCUACCGAGAUAAGUUUAAUUGUUGUAGAGAAUGAUAAUAAUAAACAAACAAGCCUGUGUGCAUGAA